ACUUUCCUUUCUCUCUCUAAACACACUCUCUCUCUAAAAUCCACCAUACCAAACCCUGAGCUUACUUUUUCACUACAACAAGAUCUAAACCCUGAUGCAAUUUCCAUGGAUCAACAAGAGAAGGGUUUAUCUAAUUGUGGGGCUUCAGAAUCCACAGUGACCCAUGGUGAGAAAGGGGGUGAUGGAACCCUAGAGAGGUCUGUGGGUUGUGGGGGUCAGGUUCAGACGGAGGGUUCAUUUUCUGAAGAGUUGGUUGAGGAGGGUGGGGCUUGUAAUGGGAAGGAUGUAAUGGUGGAGGUUUUGGGUUCAGAUGUGUACAUAGAUGGUGUUUGCACUCAUGGGAGUGGUGCUGAGCUGAAUGAUGAAGUGGGUGGUGGGGGAUCAGUUGAGGGUGACGAUGUGAAGUCUGAAGUGGUAGGUACUGGGGGUUCUCAGGCUGUAGAAUCUGAAGAAGCUAAGAGUGAGAAUGUGGCAGUGGAAUUGGACAGUAUGAUGGUGGUGAGAGAAGAGAGAAAUAUAGCAGUGGUUGGUAGUGAUGAAUUUGAUGCUGCAUCUUUACAAGAUUCUGUUAUGGAUAACAGAGCUCCGAAAGAAGUGGGAACUGGGGCUAGCAACGCUGAAGUUCCUGUUGUGACGGAUGUUAGGGUUGAGUGUGCAAAUACACUGGAUGCUGGCGCCCCAGAUGAUAAGGUGACAAAUAGUAGAUGUGAUAAUGCUUUAGGAUGUCCAUUAACAGGUAGUUCUGUAGGAGGAGGAAAUGUACAGAGUGGAUUGCCUGAAAAGGAUAAUCAAGAGAGGAACUUGAUUGCUAAUGAAGCACUGAAAGAUGGAAAUGAAGUGACCUUAGAAACACUGGAUGAAGAGAAGAACAUUGCUAACAUGCAGAGCGGUAAAAUAUUAGAGAAAAAAGAAUCUAUCAGCCAUAAAGUUGAAUCCAAGGAAAAGGUAAAUUCAAAUGCGGAGCAACCGAUGGAGAUUGAUAAAGUCGAUGACAACUCUAAUAAUGUACUAGAAGAAGUGGUUGGUGGAACUGAAGUUGCAAUGGACAAGGCCCUUCCAUCUUCUGAGGAAAAACAGCUAUUUAGCUUGACAAAAUGCACUGAAAAGGAACAUGUAGCUGACACUUCACAGGUUUGUUCAGAUACAGGGCAGGAAAUAGUUGACAAGGAUUCAGCCAGAGAAAUGGAAUUAGACAAGAAUGCUGAAGAUCAGCCCAAAACAGAAAGGAAUAAAAUAUUGAACCACACUUCAGGCAUUGAUGGUACAUUGGUUGUGAAAGACACUCAAAUUACUGACCGGGAUAACGUUGCAGUGAUGGAUGCUGGAAAGGAAAAAAUCCAUGAUGAGUCUAAUAUUAGGCAAAAUGUUGAAGUACAAGCUGGCAUUGCUGAGCAGGUUGGUUCAAAUGGAGGUCAGGAAGUUGAAGCUGAAGAAUUUAAUGAAGCUGAACAGAGAAAGACAGAUGUGAGAGUCACGAGAAGAUCACUAAUGAAGCUUGGGAGUUCAGAAAUAUUUCAUCAUGCAAAAUAUUUGCUUCCAGCAGAAACGGAAGGUGAGUUUUCUGUGUCUGAUAUGGUUUGGGGCAAGGUGAGAAGCCACCCGUGGUGGCCUGGACAGAUAUUUGAUCCCUCAGAUUCGUCUGAGAAGGCAAUGAAGCAUUGUAAAAAGGACUGUUAUUUGGUAGCAUAUUUUGGGGAUAGAACGUUUGCAUGGAAUGAGGAGUCUCAGCUAAAACCUUUUAGGACAUAUUUCUCCUCUAUUGAAAAGCAGAGCACUUCAGAAUCGUUUCAGAAUUCUGUGGAUUGUGCUCUGGAUGAAGUCACAAGACGAGUAGAAUAUGGGUUGGCAUGUUCUUGUAUACCUAAACAGACCUAUGACUCAAUAAAAUUCCAGACUAUAGAAAACACUGGGAUUCGACCAGAACUAAAGUUGAGACAUGGGUUGGAUGAAUCUCUCAAUGCCAACACCUUUUCCCCAGAUAAUCUUAUAGAAUACAUGAAAACACUAUCUCAGUUGCCAAUUGGUGGCUUUGAUAGAUUGGAGCUUGUGAUUGCUAAGGCUCAAUUGCUUGCAUUCUAUCGUUUCAAGGGUUACACUUGCUUGCCAGAAUUGCAAAAUUGUGCAAGUUGGGAUGAUGAUGUGGACACCUUGUUUUACGAUGAUGAGAAAAAUUUGAAUGAAGCUGUUGAUCAUGCAACUCCUGUACUUACAAAUGAUGGUCAAGAUGGUCUUGGUAAUUUGAAAAACCAAGGCAGCUCUUGUCGCAAACGUAAACAUAAUUUGAAGGAUAUUAUGAAUACAACAAAGAAGGAAAGAAGAUUGUCAGAACUAAUGGGUGGGACUCUAGAUUCUCCUCCUGAUGGUGAUUAUUGGUCUGAUGAGAAGGCAACUGAUAAUCUGGUUUCACCUGGCCAUUCCAAGAGAAGGAGGACUGUUGAUCACUAUGCUGAUGACUCUGGGAUGCAAGAUGGAAGAAAAACAAUUUCCGUUGCGAAAGUUUCAAAUACCACAAAGCCAUCAUUUAAAAUUGGUGACUGUAUUCGAAGGGUUGCUAGUAAACUUACCGGGUCUCCCUCUGUGAUGAAGAGUUCUGGUGACCGGUCUCAGAAGAUAGAUGGAAGCACUGAUGGUUUUCCUGGGAAUGGAUCUGAUGUUUCCUUUCAGAAUUUUGAGGAGUCUCAGAGGUCAAGUGUAGUUGUUCCGACAGAGUAUUCAUCUCUAGACAAUUUGCUAUCUUCAUUUCAGAGGGUGGCACAAGAACCCCUUGGAGAUUAUAGUUUCCUGAAUGCUAUUGUAAGCUUCUUCUCUGAUUUCAGGAAUUCAGUAGUUGUGGCUGAUGAUUCUGCAAAAGAGAUCUUUCGCACAGAUAAAGUUGGUUCUAAAAGGAAGAAAUUAUCUGUAGCUGGAACACCAGAAACAUUUGAAUUUGAGGAUAUGAGUGAUACAUAUUGGACAGACAGGGUCAUCGACAAUGGCAGUGAAGAGCAACCAGUGCAAUCAUCACAACUGCCACGGAAACACCGGAAAAAAGACUAUCAACUUGUUCCUGCUGAGCCAGGGAAGCCAGUUCAAGUUAGUCGUAGACCCUAUUCGAGGAAACAAUAUUCUGUCAGCAAUCAUGUUGAGGCUCCUGAAAAACCUCCCGGUUAUAUAGAUGAAAAUGCCCCUGCUGAACUUGUAAUGAACUUUGCCGAGUUGGAUUCUGUUCCCUUAGAAACAAACCUUAAUAAAAUGUUUAGGCGUUUUGGACCACUAAAGGAAUCUGAAACGGAAGUUGAUAGAGUAAGCAGCCGGGCAAGAGUGGUUUUUAAGAAGUGUGCUGAUGCAGAGGUUGCUUGCAGUAGUGCUCAAAAGUUCAGCAUAUUUGGUCCAAUACUUGUAAAUUACCAGCUCAAUUAUACUCCAAGUGCAUUAUUCAAAGCUCCGCCUGUUGCCACAACACAGGACCAGGAGAUGCAUCUUGAUCUUUCCAAUUUUGAAGUUAAUAUGGUCUAAAUUGUUUGGUAGCGUUGACCAUGAUGUGGCAGCACAAGUUUGGCUGAAUGAAUUGCUGAAUCAAAUUUUUGCCAAGUGACUGCUGAAGGAGGUAACCAGAAUGUUAAUUCAUCUGGUCAUCCAUUUUUCUGUUUAGAGAUAUUUUUGGUUGUAGGAUUCCUUUUAUUGUAGCAUCGUAGUUUGUAAUCCAUUUUGUAGUUUCCUGUAUAGCCUCAUCAACUGACCCUCUUUUGUAGUUGCCAUCACUCUCCUUCCAGAUUGUUUUGAAUUCUGUAGUCUGAACACUGGAUCUGUAGAAAUAUCAAUGCUACAUAUAAUAGUCAUCGGCAAUUAUACUUAUUCCUCAGAGGGAUAGAAGUUGAUGCUAGUCAUGUUGGUUAUAUGCCUUGGUUUUAUCUUGAGUGCAGGAGUAUGCUAUUUGUUGCCCUUGUCAAAAUCUUCAUAUUUUGUUGCGUGUUUGAUAGGAUAUUUGAGACAUUGGUGAGUGGUGACUGUAAAAUAGGAGUAUGAUGAGAUUGAGCCAAAUUCAAAUACUUGUUUUG